UGUGGAUGUUGAACUGGGCGAGGAAAGGGGCAUUUGGGGAUGUGCUGCGAGAGGCUUGCGCCAUCCGAUAGCUCAGCUCGUUUUGAACCUCUCUAGUAUAUCGAACGAGGAGGCCGGUUACUUCUCUUCUAAUUUGAGACUAGACGAGUGUGGCGAUAGUGUUGUUUACUUGCGUCACCACCUCACUUACCUACUCGCCGCGUGGCCGUCUCCAAGGCGCCAUCUCCAAGGCGCCAAUUAGUUUGAUCUUUGCUAUACCGCUGCCUAGAGCACAGCGAGUCAACCAUGCGCUCACACUUUACCGCCACCGGGCUGCUCCUGCUGUUGAACGUACCCACAUUCACGAAUGGCCUGCCAAAUCCACUCUUAGAAGCUCCGGGUGCCGGCGCUUCAGCCUCUGCCUUGACAUCACCUCCCCCAUCCCUCACCGUACCAGGCGCGCGGACACCCGCCAGCCAGGAGGUACCGAUCCCCAGAAAGGAUAACGGCGAGGACAGCUUGGAGUCCAGGCUCGAGCUCGAGCUCGCCGAGCUGCAGGCCCUCCGUGCCCAGCUAGCCAGCCUCACAAAGGAGGUUGACACAAGGGCGGUCCGGUUGGCCGCUCGCGUGGGGCCGACAGACCGCUCUGCGCUCGUAGACUGCGACGGCCCGACAUGUGUCUUCCGCGCAGUGAUGCGCAAGGCCGGGUAUGCCGUCGAGGCAUUGCGCCGCAACGGUGGCGAUGGCGAUGGCGGCGACGACGACGAAUACCUCCCGGGACAGCAGCGCCGCCACCGCCGCCAAGAGGAUGCUGCCGAUAGCUACCCCGACCUUGAACCUCGAGACGAGGUUGUAAAGGGCCUCGAUCUCCUCAUCCACAAGCUCCUGUUCUCCAUUCUUGCCGUGUUCACCAUACGGCACAUCGCCAUCGGCGCCGGUCUGAUGUUACUCUGCUUUGUGGUUUUGUGGUGCGGAUCUCUAUGUCGUGAUGCCCUCGGCAAGGCUACGGGCAGCUGGUGGCAGCCGUGGCGAGCGCGAGAAGGGAGGAUCAGGUUGGGGGAUGAAGAAGCAGUGGAUUGGGGGUCGGCAGAAAAGGGGGAGGAACGCUUCGACGGGAAGCAAGGGGAGCCCUGCGAGGAGGAGGAGGGGUACUGGGACGAGAAGGCGGGGUUUGAUGAGGAGGGAUACCAGGGCGAAUAUGUGCCGUUUGUGGCUGAGGAUGCCGAGAUUUUCGAGGAUAAUGAUAAUGAGGAAGGGGACGAAGAGCAACUCACUCUUGGGGACGAGAUUGCGUCCUUCAGGUCGGCGGUGGAGCUAGUCGAGAAUAUGGUUGCUGCGGCGGAGGAAAGGCAACGAGGCCGGACAGAGUAUCGCGCGUCUUGAACCGGAAUUUCAAC